CCACGUGACGAAAGCGAUAACCUAUAAAACCUUAGGCCGUCCAGAGAAGUCUCGAAAGACUAAUGAAACUUUUUUUUACGCAACUGCAGAAUCAAGUGUGAACAUUCCAAAUGGACCACUAUAUAUACUACGUAUAUGUAUGUGCUCCGUACAAAUCUAUACAUAAAAUCAAACUUUAGAAUUUUAUUUUAUUUUCCCUUGAUUUUCAUACAACAAAAAUGGCUAAUGAUGAGUUGAUUUUGUUGGAUUUUUGGCUGAAAAAGAGAUUAAAUAUGAGUACAAAGAAGAAGAGGGGCUGAUCAGUAACAAAAGUCCUCUGCUUUUGCAAAUGAAUCCUAUUCACAAGAAAAUCCCUGUUUUGAUUCAUAAUGGUAAAUCAAUUUGUGAGUCUAUUAUUGGAGUUGAGUAUAUUGAUGAAGUGUGGAAGGAUAAAGCCCCUUUACUCCCUUCAGAUCCUUAUGAGAGGGCACAAGCUAGGUUUUGGGCUGAUUACAUUGACAAGAAGUUGUAUCGUUCUGCAAGGAAGAUAUGGGGAACAAAGGGAGAAGAGCAGGAGGCAGGUAAGAAAGAUUUCAUAGAAGUAAAAGUGUUGGAGGGAGCACUUGGAGAGAAGCCUUACUUUGGAGGAGAUAAUUUUGGUUUUGUGGAUAUUGCUUUGAUUGGGUUCUAUAGCUGGUUUCAUUCUUAUGAGACUUAUGGUAACUUCAGCACAGAAGCUGAGUGUCCAAAGUUUGUGGCUUGGGCUAAGAGGUGCAUGCAGAGAGACAGUGUGGCUAAGUCUUUGCCUGGCCAACAUAAGGUUCUUGAGUUUGCAAAAAUCCUUAGGCAAAAGUUUGGACUUGAAUAAAGAUAUGUAUAUCAUAAUAUAUUAAAAUAAAAAGGCACUUCAUUGUGCCUUCUUAUGUUGUUGUUUCAAGAUUUAAAAUGUUUGUUUGGUCAUAGUGUAAGUGAGAUCUACUUUUACUUGUUAUAAAGAACUCUUAGUUUGUCUUGUUGAGGGUUGGGUUUUCUAGUCCUUGUAUGUAAUUCUGGGGCUUUUCCUCUUUGUAUUUACAAGAAAUCACUUUUUUCAUGAGCA